AUGACGACGUGGAGCGAGGUGUUAUCCGCCGGCGACGUCGACAACCUGGGGGUACAAUUGGCCCAACACGGCGUUGCCCUACGUCAAGGCGACGAGGCGGGCCGUGGAGCCGGUGCGGCGGUGGCGCAGUUCCCGCCGAACCACGAGCGGUUCAUGCUGCGCUGCGACGUUACAUUCUUGUGGAAAAUCAUCGUCUCCGUCCUCUCGAUCUGCCUUCCUCACCGGGAGCGCACGCAGAUGGGCAGCAUGAGCAAGCGGAGCGGGCUCGGCCGCCAUUCCGGUUCUUUCCUGCUCGGGGCUCUCCUCCCCACCGCCCUGCUCUUCUUCCUCGCCUCCGACAGGGUCGGCGAGCGCUUGACAAGCAUAUCGAGCAUCGGGAAUGGGUAUCUGUUGAACUGCCCCGCUCGACAGGCAAAUCUCUCGGCACCUGCCGGAGACGACGAGGAGGAGCAGGACGUCGACAGGUUUCCCGGGCUGGCCGAGCUGCUGCCGAGGGUGGCCACGGCCGACCGGACGGUGAUCGUGACGUCGGUCAACGAGGCGUGGGCGGCGCCGGGGUCGCUGCUGGACCUCUUCCGCGCGAGCUUCCGGAACGGCGAGGGCAUCGAGCACCUGCUCAACCACACCCUCAUCGUCGCCGUCGACGCCGGCGGGUUCGACCGCUGCAGGGCCGUGCACCCGCACUGCUACCUCCUCGAGGUCAGGUCGGCCAACGUCAGCGCCGCCAACCGCUUCCUCAGCAAGGGCUACCUGGAGCUCGUCUGGACCAAGCUCUCGCUCCAGCAGCGCGUGCUCGAGCUCGGCUACAACUACCUCUUCACGGACGUGGACGUGAUGUGGUUGCGCGACCCGUUCCGGCACAUCAACCAGUACGCCGACGUGACCAUGUCGUGCGACCGUUUCUCCGGCGAGCCCGAGUCCCUGAAGAACUCGCCCAACACCGGCUUCCACUACGUCAAGUCGACGGAGCGGACGGUGGCGAUGGUGCGGUACUGGCGGGCUGCGCGGCCGCGGUUCCCGCCGCACCACGACCAGAAGAUCUUCGACAACAUCAAGCGCGAGCUGGCGGGCAAGCUGGGCGUCCGGAUCGCCUUCCUCGACACGGCGCUCUUCGGCACCUUCUGCGAGUUCCGCGACGGGAUCGACGGCGGGGUCUGCACGAUGCACGCCAACUGCUGCAUCGGGCUGGACAACAAGGUGCGCGAGCUCAGGGGCGUGGUCGCGGCCUGGAAGAACUACACGGCCCUGCCGCCGGCGGAGAAGGAGGCCGGCAAGGCCAGCUGGCCGUACCCGACGCGGUGUAGGGCGGCGCGGCGCGCCAAACCGGCCCGGCCGGCGCCGAUCAAAAACUAG